AUGCGCGCAGGAGAUGCCUUAAGCGUGGGACCAUCGUAUCCGCGUCCUCCCGAAGCAACAUAUUUCAAGCUGCUGGAUUUCAAAGUUGGUUCGGCGGUGACAAUAGCGGACCGGGAGUUUUUCAUAUACGGUGCUGACCCCUUUACUAUGUCUUACGUCAAAGAUACUCUGGGUAUAGAGCUUCAAGAACCAAUCAAUAUUGGAGUUUGUGAGAUGCCAAGCCAGCCGUCGACUUCCGCAAAGCGGAGAAGCCGCAAAGAGGCCAACCCAGUGUCUUCGAAACGUGAUCGGAAGGGAGGACCGUUGUUUGUGAAGGCCACGAUUGCAGACAUGAUAUGCCCUGAUGCUUUUGGCAGAGAAGUGUACAUACUGUUCUAUCCCGAAGAAAAAUAUGUUUCUGUCUUUGAACCCAAAGUCGAUGGGCGUCUGUGGGACGGUCUCCGUGGAAACGAUAUCAAAGCAGGCCAAAUGUUCACCGCAUGCGAUGAGCGACGCAAAGGGUAUCUGACAUUUCAAGAUUUCCAAAAUGCACUGGAACGCUUUGGCUACUCAAUAUCUGAGCAGGACGCCCUCCUGAUGUCGAGGUACUUUGACACCACUGGAGAUGGGAAAGUAGACUACGAAGAAUUCUGCAAAGGGAUGUUGGAGCUGCAGGGGGUAUUUUUGUCCAAGAGCCAACGUCUUAAUGAAACUGUCCACAGUGUGAGUCUUAAAGUCGACGUGCCGUGGAGUAUAGCAGCAACUCGUACAAAUCAACUUACUAUCGUGGCGGCAAAGACCUCUACAGGCUCCCCGUUCAAAUGA